GUCCACUUCCGACACCCAACUCCAUUAUCUGAGCAUCCGUCAAGCCGGGGAGCUAAUCCAGAGGGGAGAACUUUCCCCGGUGGAACUGACCCGGGCCUGCCUGGACCGCAUCGAGGUCACCGACGACCGCCUCCAUUCGUUCAUCCUCCUGCUGGCCGACGAAGCGUUGGAGCAGGCGCGAACCGCCGAGGCGGAAAUCCUGCGGGGGCUUACAAGGGGCCCAUGCACGGCAUACCCUUUGCCCUCAAGGACCUGUACGACACCGCCGGAAUCCGCACCACCUCCGGAUCCCAGGUGGAUAUUGAACGUGUUCCCACUGAAGAUGCCACCACCACCGCCCGACUGAAGGCAGCCGGCGGUAUCCUUCUGGGCAAGCUGGCGAUGCACGAGUUCGCCCUGGGCGGUCCGGACUGGACGACGCCCUUCGAGCCGGCCCGCAACCCCUGGAAUCUUAACCACAUUACCGGCGGCUCCAGCAGCGGCUCCGGCUCUUCGGUAGCGUCGGGCCAAAGUAUGGGGGCGUUGGGGUCCUGCACCGGCGGCUCUAUCCGGGGCCCAGCUUCACUGUGCGGAAUCGUCGGCCUGAAGCCCACCUAUGGGCGUGUUAGCCGCUUCGGGGUGGUGACGUUGAGCUGGUCCCAGGACCACGCCGGGCCGAUGACCCGCACCGUCGAGGACACCGCUUUCAUGCUUCAGGCCAUCGCCGGACACGACCCCCGGGACCCAACCUCCAGCCAUGCCCCGGUGCCGGAUUACUCGCGGUCGCUGCGGGAAGACAUUCGGGGAGUAAGGAUCGGCCUCCCCCGGCAUUAUUUCUUUGACGACGACCCCGGCGUUAACCGCGAGGUGGUAGCCAGGGUGGAGCAGGCGGUGAGCGUGCUCGAAGAACUGGGCGCCCAUGUCGAGGAAGUGACCCUGCCCAGCCUGGACUACGUGCGGGCCGCCAAUUCGGUGAUCAUGGUCAGCGAGGCCUUCGCCUACCACGAGCCCAACCUCAAGACCCGCCCCCAGGAGUUCGGGGAGAUUGUCCGCGGCAGGUUCCGCAUCGGCGGAUUGAUGAGCGCGUCGGACUACCUCCAGGCCCAGCGGGUGCGCACGUGGGCGCGGCGGGACUUCGCCCAGGUGAUGAAGACGGUGGACUUCCUGGUGACGCCCACCAUGACCCAACCGGCGGCAGCCUUUGAGGGCUUCGACCCUAUGUCCACCACUCGGGGGAAGAGCUUUACAGCACCCUUCAACGUCACCGGCCUUCCGGCCAUUUCCGUGCCUUGCGGGUUCACCGAGAGCGGUCUGCCCAUCGGAAUGCAGAUCGCCGGCAAGCCCUUCGACGAGCCCGGAGUAAUCCAGGCUGCUUACACCUACCAGCAAUACGCCGGCUGGCACCAGUUGAAUCCGGCAAUAUGA